GCUCUCCGGAAGGAGACGUGGCGGCGGUUGGGCCCUGGGCUGCCUGGGCGCUUGGUAGUCCCGCCGCCUCCUCCUCCUCCUCCUCCUCCUCCUCCUCCUCCCUCUCCUCUCCACUGUGGGCCGAGGGGGUUGUGGCGGCUGCUGGAGAACUCGGCGGCGGAGGAUGGAGGAAGGAGGCGGCGGCGCGCGGAGUCUGGUCCCAGGCGGGCCGCUGUUGCUGGUACUCUGCGGUCUCCUAGAGGCGUCCGGCGGCGGCCGAGCGCUCCCCCAGCUCAGCGAUGACAUCCCUUUCCGAGUCAACUGGCCCGGCACCGAGUUCUCUCUGCCUACAACUGGAGUUUUGUAUAAAGAAGAUAAUUAUGUCAUCAUGACAACUACACAUAAAGAAAAAUAUAAAUGCAUUCUUCCCCUUGUGACAAGUGGGGAUGAGGAAGAAGAAAAGGAUUAUAAAGGCCCAAAUCCAAGAGAGCUAUUGGAGCCACUAUUUAAACAGAGCAGUUGUUCCUACAGAAUUGAGUCUUAUUGGACUUACGAAGUAUGUCACGGAAAACACAUUCGGCAGUACCAUGAAGAGAAAGAAAGUGGUCAGAAAGUAAAUAUUCACGAGUACUACCUUGGGAAUAUGUUGGCUAAGAACCUUCUAUCUGAAAAAGAACAAGAAGUGGAAGAAAAGGAAAAAUCAAAAGAGAUUCCCACUAAAAAUAUCGAAGGUCAGAUGACACCCUACUAUCCAGUGGGAAUGGGAAAUGGUACACCUUGUAGUUUGAAACAGAACCGGCCCAGAUCAAGUACUGUGAUGUACAUAUGUCAUCCUGAGUCUAAGCAUGAAAUUCUUUCAGUAGCUGAAGUUACAACUUGUGAAUAUGAAGUUGUCAUUUUGACACCACUCUUGUGCAGUCAUCCUAAAUAUAGAUUCAGAGCAUCUCCUGUGAAUGACAUAUUUUGCCAGUCACUACCAGGAUCACCAUUUAAACCCCUCACCCUGAGACAGUUGGAACAGCAGGAAGAAAUACUGAGGGUGCCUUUUAGGAGAAAUAAAGAGGAAGAUAUGCAAUCAACUAAGGAAGAGAGAUUUCCAGCAAUCCACAAACCCAUUGCUGUUGGUUCUCAGCCAAUGCUCACAGUUGGAACAACCCACAUAUCCAAAUUGACAGAUGACCAACUCAUAAAAGAAUUCCUUAGUGGUUCCUACUGCUUUCACGGGGGUGUUGGUUGGUGGAAAUAUGAAUUCUGCUAUGGCAAACAUGUACAUCAAUACCAUGAGGACAAGGAUAGUGGGAAAACCUCUGUGGUUGUGGGGACAUGGAACCAAGAAGAACAUAUUGAAUGGGCUAAGAAGAAUACUGCUAGAGCCUAUCACCUUCAAGACGAUGGUACCCAGACAGUCAGGAUGGUGUCACAUUUUUAUGGGAAUGGAGAUAUUUGUGAUAUAACUGACAAACCAAGACAGGUGACUGUAAAACUAAAGUGUAAAGAAUCAGAUUCUCCUCAUGCUGUUACUGUAUAUAUGCUAGAGCCUCACUCCUGUCAGUAUAUCCUUGGGGUUGAAUCUCCAGUGAUCUGUAAAAUCUUAGAUACAGCAGACGAAAAUGGACUUCUUUCUCUCCCCAACUAAAGGAGAGAACACACCGAGGGACUCAGCAAAAUGUCCUGUAAGAUGAGGGAAAUGACUGAUUUUAUCCUGGUAACGUAUGACACCCAUUUUUUUCCAUAUAUUAUUUUUAUCAUGGAACUCCACUAACUUUUCUUAAGCUAAUGCCACCCACAAAUCGGGCAAAUGAAAGUUCACUAACAAGAUUAAAGUGUUACCUUGGAAAUUCUGGCUUGGUUAAAUGCCAUCAAACCCUACCUUCUUUGAUAAUCCUCCUGUGAUGGUAAACGAUGCAAGUGCAGUGACAAUUUAUCUAGAUCCAGAUUGCAUUUAUGAUUUAAAUGAUAAAAAUAAUUCCUUUAUCUUU